GAAUCGAUUCUUGCGCCGCGAUUCCAACCCUUUCUCUUUCUCUGCGUCCUUCCCAUCUUCUUCCCUGCACCGAUUCCAGCCCCGCGACCAAAUCUCCACCGGCUUCUCCAACCAUAAAUAACCACCACCUCUUCUCCCUCCCCGCACCAACCUACCCGUCCAUGCACGCCAGCCUCGCGCCCGCGCAUUAAACAACCCGGCGAGCGAGCGAGCCAUCCCUCCGGCGAGGUGUAACUGCUUCUUGGCGUGUUCGGCGACUUCUUGGGGGAGAGUUCAGUUGGCGGGGCGGCUGAGCUUUUCUUCUCGUGUUCUUGUUCUGGGGUUUGGGUUUGGGUUUGGGGGUGGUGCAGUGUUGGAUUGCCAGUUGGGUUUCUUGGCGAGGGAUUGAAUGGGAAUCUUGUCGCUCAUCACCGGGAAGGCGGGGCCGAGCGGGUUCGGCUCGGGAUCCACGGCGGAGCUCGUCACCGCCGGCGUCGACGCCUGCCGCCUCACCGUCAUCGUCACAGGAGGAGCAAGUGGCAUUGGUCUGGAGACCUCGCGGGUUUUCGCACUGAGAGGAGCUCAUGUCAUCAUUGCAGCAAGGAACACAGAAGCUGCAUCAGAGGCAAGGAAGAAUAUCGUGGAGGCAAACCCAAAAGCUCGCAUCGAUGUUCUGAAGCUUGACCUCAGCUCCCUUAAGUCUGUCAGAGCUUUUGCAGAUCAGUUCAACUCGAUGAACCUUCCUCUGAACAUUCUGAUAAAUAAUGCCGGCGUGAUGUUCUGUCCAUUUGAAUUGUCUGAAGAUGGGAUUGAAAUGCAGUUUGCAACCAAUCAUCUUGGUCACUUUCUGUUGACCAACCUCCUCCUUGAUAAAAUGAAAGCAACCGCGAAGUCUACUGGUAUUGAAGGUCGUAUUGUGAACUUGUCAUCUGUUGCUCACCACCAUACAUAUCCAAACGGAAUUGACUUUGAUAAAGUCAACGACGAGAAAAUAUACAAUGACAAGAUGGCUUAUGGGCAAUCUAAGCUGGCGAACAUACUUCACGCAAAAGAGCUCUCUAGACGGCUGGAGAAUGAAGGAGCCAACAUCACUAUUAACUGUGUUCAUCCUGGAUUGAUCAUGACCAAUUUGAUGAGGCACUCCUUUUUCCUUAUGAGUACGAAUGGGUCGUUCAAUUUGCCACCUACAUCUUGUGGAAGAGCGUACCCCAGGGAGCAGCUACCACUUGCUACGUAGGACUGAACCCUCAGCUCAAGGGAGUGACCGGAAAAUACUUCGCUGACUGCAAUGUGGAGAAAACUAGCAAAUUUGCGAGAAACGAUGUGCUGGCGAAGCAGCUCUGGGAAUUCAGCGAGAAGCUGAUCAAGUCUUCAAAAUGAUGGCCCAAAGCACGAUCAUCAGCAUUAGAAAGAAGUGUUCUCAUAUGUUUGAUCAAUGGCAUAUGUGAUCGAUUGAUAAAUAUGUGUAGCAGCAGUAGUAUUAGGAACCUACCGUAUUGUGAACCCUUGACAAAUAAACUUCUAGUGCUUCUCCUUGGGUAUAAACCUGUACUCUUGUUAAUAUAUGAAUCGUUCAGCAGUUGUGGAAUUUGGUCUGGCUA